UCAAUCCGCAUGCUGAAGGAAAACUUGUUUUCAGAUGAUGAUGCUGAUGAUGAUGCUGAUGAUGAUGAUGAUGAUGAUGAUGAUGAUGAUGAUGAUGAUGAUGAUGAUGAUGAUGAUGAUGAUGAUGAUGAUGAUGAUGAUGAUGAUGAUGAUGAUGAUGAUGAUGAUGAUGAUGAUGAUGAUGAUGAUGAUGAUGAUGAUGAUGAUGAUGAUGAUGAUGAUGAUGAUGAUGAUGAUGAUGAUGAUGAUGAUGAUGAUGAUGAUGAUGAUGAUGAUGAUGACAGAGUCAGGUGAUGCCGCCUAGACUAACUAGCGCUC